GGCAGAUAGUGUCCACGGUGGCUGGCCCGGAAGCUGAGUGGGCCUCGGCCCUCAGCGUAUUCUGCCAGGGCCAGGCCAGAACUGCCUGCCUCCUCUUCUGCGGCUGAUCCAAAACCAACAAGGCAGCCACAGGCCGUCGGUGCCUGCCGCCUUCCACCAGGGGCCCGCCAAGACAACCUUCCACCAUGGCUUUGAAGAGAAUCCACAAGGAACUGAACGACCUGGCGCAGGAUCCCCCAGCACAGUGUUCAGCAGGUCCUGUCGGGGAAGAUAUGUUCCAUUGGCAAGCUACAAUCAUGGGGCCAAAUGACAGUCCCUACCAGGGUGGAGCAUUUUUCUUGACAAUUGAUUUCCCAACAGAGUACCCCUUCAAACCACCUAAGGUUGAAUUUACAACAAGAAUUUAUCAUCCAAAUGUUAACAGUAAUGGCAGCAUUUGUCUUGAUAUUCUUCGGUCACAGUGGUCUCCAGCACUAACUAUUUCAAAAGUACUUUUGUCCAUCAGUUCUCUGUUGUGUGAUCCCAAUCCCGAUGAUCCCUUAGUGCCUGAGAUUGCUCAGAUCUACAAAACAGAUAGAGACAAGUACAACAGAACAGCUCGGGAAUGGACUCAGAAGUAUGCCAUGUGACUAAAGAGAUUAUUGGAUCCUCUGCGAAUAAAAGCUAGGGGAACUCUGAAAGAGAAAGUCCUUUUGAUUCCCACUUGACUGUUUGCUGUGAACCCACGAUGUACCGGCCUCGUCCUCCCUGGUGCACGGUCUUCAUCUGAUACAGUACUGUUGCAUGUUGCACGCACCAAAAAUACUGUGUUUCUGUACCAACACUGUCUCCUAGCAGACGAGCCUUCUCCAGGCAUAACCUAGGUGUGAGAUUAAAAGUUUUCCUUAUUGACUUAAAUCUGGAUAACAAGGUGUGAGUGAGGGUGGUGGGUACAAGAUACUGCUCAGAAGGGGUAAAGGUCCCCAACCUAUAAGACAAUGAGAUGGCUUUUCAGUGGAAGCCAUUUACAGCUAAAUGUUUAAAUGAAUGAAAAGCUAGGUGAAGAACAUGAAUGUUCCUGUACUCAUUUUAUUCCAAAAGACCUAGAGCUUAAAUGAACAUUAAAACCAACCAGACUAAGCCAACCCACCUCCUGUAUUUUAAAGUCUAAUUGGUCAACAAAAAUAGAUCGGCACUAUCGGUCCAUAAAGUGUGCCUGGCUUUGUUCCCAAAUCCUUUAUACACGGAUGACUCAACCUAUUUUCUUUCACACUUUCUCUCCAUAUUCUUUGGUUUACUUGCGGUUUCUCAGUUGAUUCAUCACUAAUAGCUCUUAUUUUUAUUAUAUUAACUGCUUAAUCUAUUUGGAUGUAAAGGUAGACAUUCAACUUGAUGAAAAAAGCUUGUGUAUAGAGACCUAAUUGCUCCUCUGGAGCUUGUACAGUCAAGAAUGAUGCAUCUGUGUAAUAAACCAAUUAUUCUAGCCAUUACAUAAA